AUGCCUCCGCAUUCCAUGCUCGAGUGGAUCGUCGGCCAGAACCUGCCCUCCGGGGAUAGACCCAAGAGGCGCGAAUGCCUCCGCAUCGAACUAUCGACCGACGAUGACACCGACACCGAUUCCAUCACGGUCACCUACCCCCGCACCGGCACUGCAGGCAGUCAACGCAGGUACAAGAAAGAUAGGAAGCCCAAGUCUCCUCCUCCUCCGCCCCCGUCGCCGCCGCCUCAAAAGAGGGUCAGCUUUGAAGAACCGCUGCCGCGCAGGUCGGCGCUGAAAAAGACCGUCGCGGUAUUUUCAGAAGAAGUCUCCUCCUCCGAGGCCGAAUCGUCGGAAGAGUCCAGUGCCGAAAGCAGCGAGGCGGAAACACAGCCUCUUCCGUCGAAGGUCAAAUGCCACAAGCACAGGCGUCGCAACUCGUCGUGUGCGUGCUGCGUUGCUGGUUUGAUGCUUCUGGAUAAAAUGGAUCAGGUCAGCAAGAACAAGGAUGAAGCAGCCCCGGUAGCUGUUCAAGAGACGGGCAACAACGGUAAUGACAAACCGAAGGAGUCCGAGACUGAGGCCACAACUGAUACGUCGGCCGCAGCUACGACUUCUGGCGAGUCGACUACCGAAUCCGAACCCGAGCACAAGAAGAAGUGUAGGAGGAAAUGCAGGCACAGGUGCUGCUCACCAAGCCCUGACACGAGCCCUGCGUCCGAUAAACCCGCCGAAAAGAAGGCGGAGGAGGCCACGCCCGACGCCGCGUCUGGGAACGGUGAAAAGACUGAGGAGCCCAAGGCCGACGACAAGCCAGGCGACGACAAGCCAGCCGAUGACAAGACAGCCGAACUCGAACAGCCCAACACGGCUGUCAACGAGAAGAGGGCCCCGCCGGCCCAUCCCAACCACCUCGUACCCUCCCGUAAACGAACCCUUGAGGUCCAGCACGUCGUCGCAGACCCCUCUCGGGAUUCACCCCCCAACGCCUUCUUCGACAACGAGAAGGAUCUCUGCCGCGUCUACCACGGACCCUAUUGGGGCUACCCCCACGGUCAGCCUUACCCUUCAGGCGGCCCCGGCCCGCACUAUCUGCCCCCGCCCCCUCCCGUGUGGCCGCCACCCAUGCCGCAGCAUCAUCAUCAUCAUGACCCCCGAGCUACCGGACACGGGUACCCCCCUCCCGAAGCACGCAUCCCUCCUGGCUACCCGCCUCCCAUUCAUCAUAACCACGGCCAGCCAGCCUACCCACCACCCUGGGGCCAGCCCUAUGGCCAGCCUUAUCACCAGGCUCCUGCACCUCAGAUGCCGCCGUACUACGGUGGUGGUGGUGGUGCCCCUGCCCCGCCGGGCCCUCAUGGUCUGCACAUCACGCCCCAGGAUGUUGAACGACUUCGCCAGCAGGGUUUCAAGCUAAGUCCGUUGUUUGGUAAUGCUGGUCUUGCUGGUGGGAACAACUCCGGCAACAACAAUAAUGGAAGUAGCAACAACAAUGGAAAUGGGGACGGUAGUAGGCGCCCGUCGAACCAGAGCAACAUGGGUAACCGGUCGAAUAGUGGGAACCAGAAUCAGUCGCAGAAUCAGAACCAGAGCAAGCGCGGGUCCAACGCGGGGCAGUCGAAUUCUGGUAAUAACAACUCCAAUAACAACAAUGAUUGGGGCAACUCGGGAAACAACAACAACAACGACUGGAACUGGGGAAAUAAUAACAACGACAACAAUGAUUGGGGAAACUCGGGAGACAAUAACAACAAUAACAACGAUUGGGGAAAUCCGGGAAACAACAAUAACACCAACGGUUGGGGAGACUCGGGUAACAGUAACAACAACAACGACUGGGGUAACUCGGGGAACAACAAUAACAGCAAUGACUGGACCUCGGGUAACAACAACAACGACUGGACCUCCGGAAAUAACAACAACGGGAACACUGACUGGAACUCGGGUAACAAUAACGACAACAACAACAAUAACAACGAUGCUCCCCCCAACGACCCAUGGCCAAGUCCCGUCGGCGCCACCAAGAGCAACACCAACAACAACAACAACAACCCCUCGCCGACCAGCAAAGACCCCCCCAUUACACCCCCCAACAACAGCAACCAUCCCUCGUCGUCGAUGCCGGGAAGCUGGGAUAAGGUCGACUGGAGCAAGGGGGGUGAUUGGACUGAUCCUGGGGCUGCGCAGGGCAGUUGGGGGAUUUGA